CAUCUCUUCUUGUUAAAAAUGGCGGACAUCGUAAUAGGUGUGCGAGCGUAUUGUAAAAUGCUUUUGCACGCCAUGAAGUAUCCUCAUCAUGCUGUAAAUGGCAUAUUUUUAGCUGAGAAAAGAAGAAAUAAAGAACACGGUUGUGGGACUGUAAAUAUAAUAGAUUGCAUUCCUCUCUUUCAUUUAAGCUUGAGUUUGACCCCAAUGUUGGAAGUUGCGAUGAUGCAGGUUGAUCAGUAUUGUAAAGAUAAUUCCUUAGUUAUUGCUGGUUAUUAUCAAGCCAAUGAACAUGUCAAAGAUUCCAGCCCAGAUUUUAUUGCUUAUCGCAUAGCUGAGAAGAUAUACGAGAACUUUUCUGAUGCCUGUCUUGUAAUGGUAGAUAACCAGAAAAUGUCUCUAGACUGUGAUGAUGUAGCAUUUCAUUUAUAUCAGUUUAAUGAUAACAGAUGGAAGCUGAAAGAUAAAAAUAGUAUCCAUUUUGAACAAGGUCAUAAAGCAUUGAGUGCUACUGCUGCUCUAUUACACUCCAAGAUGUACAGAAAACUUAUUGACUUUGAUAAUCACCUGGAUGAUAUUUCCUUAGACUGGAACAAUCAAGUCAUUAAUGAAGAAAUAGAUCGAUGUUUAUAGCAUCUUUUUUUAAUUUCGUGUAAUAAAGACUAUGUACAUUAAAUUCGCUGUCUUGUACAUUAGGUGUAUGCAGGAUCGUGAAUAUUGGAAUAUUUCCAGAUAAGAAUGAAACGAUGUCUGGGUUUCAUGUGGCAAAGACAAAAAUGUUAUAUGCCUAGACAAUAUAUAAAAUUAUCCUAUGCAGAAAAUGCAUUUCGUUGUUAUUUAUAUAUAAAAACAUAUUAAGUCUUC